AUGGACAUGAAGUGGAAUGUUUUCUGUCUUUUCCUCAUCUGCUGUGCUGAACAAACGAUUGCAUCCUGCGUAACAGAGUGCUCCUGCAGAAAUGACAGCUUUGGAAGGAGUUUGAUUUGCAUGACUGCAGCUCUGGGAAGAAUACCAAAGAAUGUCCCAUCUGAUGUUAAAAAAAUCAGGAUAGAAAAUUCUCACCUGGCAGAAUUGCCCCAAGGUGCAUUUUCCACAACCCCUGCCUUGGAAUACCUGUGGCUGAAUUUUAAUGACAUUACAGUCAUGCACACGAGAUGCAUGCAGGGUCUGAGCAAGCUCUCUGAGUUGCGUCUGCAAGGGAACAAACUGCGCUCAGUGCCAUGGACAACUUUCCAGGACUGUCCAGCUUUGAAAAUUUUGGAUUUAAAGCACAAUAGACUUGAUGCUCUUCCAGAAAAUGCGCUGAGGUAUCUUACCAACUUGACUUAUUUGGACUUAUCGUUCAACAGGCUUGCUGUGGUUUCUGGAGAUGUGUUCUUAAAUUGGCCAGUCUAUCUGAGAGCACAACAGUAUGAUGGCCCAAGAGAUGGCAUCUCUAAUGCUGUCCUAGCUCUCCAUGAUAACCCUUGGUUAUGUGACUGUCGUCUUGAAGGUUUUAUACACUUCUUCAAAUCCAUCAGGCCCCCUGUUAUUCUGAUGAAUUCUUACCUAACCUGUUCAGGACCAGAUUCCAGGGCAGGGAGCUUUUUCUACGAUGUGGAACUAAAGAGUUGCUUUAAACCAUUAGUCACAUCUGAGAACACGAACAUUAGUGUUCCAUUUGGACAGAAGGUACAUUUAUCCUGUACAGCUAAAGGAAAUCCUACCCCUACAGUGUGGUGGACAAAUGGUGUGAAGAUCAUUCGGAAAUUUAACGUGACACUCACAAAUAUUGAUGAAGAAACAGUGAAAUCGGAGCUGGACAUACCAUCAGCACAGGGCGCAGAGGGAGGAAGCUACAUCUGUACUGCUGCUAAUUAUCUUGGAAACUCGUCCACGCAGAUCCUGGUGAAAAUUUUGACUUCAGUAACUUUACCUACCCCCUCAUCCUUGCCCCCAUCGCCCUCCGAGGAGGAGAAUGUUUAUAUAGAUGUCAGGAUUGCAAAGCAGACAGUAUAUGGGAUAACCUUGGAGUGGCACGCAGUAACACAGAACCCUGCUGAGACCUGGUACACCCUACACUUUGGGAAGUUUGAAGAUACCAAAAGGGAAAAGAUUUACAUAGGGCCGGGGGUAAAUACUUACUCAGUGAACGAUCUGUUUCCAGCAACAAAGUACAAGGUGUGUGUGACACUGAGAAACCAAUCUCCAAAGAGAGGUCAGUGUAUUGUGUUUGUUACGGGCACUGACAUCAGUGAAAUGGAACAGAGGGAGAAGCUUAUUCACAUCAUCGUCAUUGUCUGCGCCAUGGUGCUAGCAGUUCCGGCUGGAAUGUACGCCUGCACCACUGACACUCGUUUCAGCUGUUUUGACAAAUGCACCAAGGCUUGUCGGCGGCAAAGGCGAGGAGACAGGACACUGAGGAAGGGGGCGCAGAAUGUUACCUUCGACAGUUUGCAGACAGGGAGCGAUGCUGAACUUUGCAACAGAGACUCCAAGGAAGACAGGAGGAGACGUAAGAAGUCGGAUGAUAAAACCCACAAGACCAAAACAGAGCUCAAAAACAGCGAUGAAUUGUACUAG